AUGAAUUGGCUUGCAAACGCAUUGGUCAAUCCCGGCUUAGUCACUUGGACCAUGACUAAAGUUUUAAAUAUGUCGACUCUUUUUCGAGAACGAUUUAUAAUUCCGCCAGCUUUACUCAAAAUUUUUGAAACAAAAUUCAACGAUUCUCAGCUGGAAGCAAUUAAAGAAUGUACUAAAUAUGAGGGUGUUAGCUUAAUUCAAGGACCACCAGGAACUGGUAAAACUUCAACAAUUAGCGCAAUUACUUCUCUUCUCUUGAGCGCAGAAGAUAUUUUUACAGUUGACGUAAAAGAAAAUAACGUCCCCAAACAAAUUUGUGAGAAACCUAACAGUAACAAAUCCGAAAGGUCUGGAUUUAUAUUAAAAGGCUCAAACUGGAUUGAUGAAAACAUCAUGACAUUAGAUGAAUGUUUUUCAUACCACCCGUCGAGUCCUUCAAGUCAAAGUGUUAUUCGCCUGGUUAACCAAAAUUUAGCAAAAAAUACAAAAAAGAUUCUUAUUUGUGCGCCAUCAAAUGCUGCAGUUGAUGAAAUAAUGAGACGUUUAGUUUCAGACCCUCGUUUGAAUGGUGGUAUAUAUAAUAAAAAAGGUACGCUAUACACUCCAAAUGUUAUACGUAUAGGGCCAGGAUAUCAUAAAGAACUUAAAAAAUGGAGUCUGAAUGAACGUCUGUCACAACUAAAAUCUGUCGGAAAAAUGAUAAGUAUCGAUCAUUUUAGCCGAAAACUUAUUCAGGAAUCUUCUAUUAUCUGCUGUACUUUAUCAAUUGCCGGAAGUCGAAUCUUAACACCUUUUAUUGGAGCUAUCGACACAGUUAUUGUUGAUGAAGCAUCUCAAUGUGUUGAAGCAAGCAAUUUGAUUCCAUUAAAAUUGGAUCCAAAACGCGUUAUCUUAGUCGGAGAUCCGAAACAGCUGCCGGCAACUGUUUUCAGUGUGGUUGCAUUAUCUCUCAAUUAUGACAGAAGCUUAUUCCAGAGGCUACAAGAGCUGAAUUUCAAAACAGUUUUAUUACAAACUCAAUACCGAAUGCAUCCAAGAAUCAGUGCGUUUCCAAACAAUAAGUUUUAUAAAGGCCAGUUAAAAGACGCGCACGAUUUGGUAAAUAGUUUGAAACCUCUUAUUGACUACUAUAAGCUUCCUUUGUUUGCUCCAUUAGUUUUUAUCAACAUUUCGGGUGUUGAAACUAAAUCUACCAAUAGUUACAUCAAUGUUCUUGAGGUUAUUGAAUCCUCUGAACCAGCUUAA